AUGACGGAGAGCGAGGGUAAAAUGAAGAUAUAUAAGCCCCAAGAGGGCCACAACUUGACAUGGGCUCAACAACCGACACAGAAGGAUGAGACCUUUUACAUCGGCUGUCUUGCUCUCUUUGAGCGGGUUGUUCUUGACAAUCGCUACGGCGGCCAAGUUCGACUCGCAGAUAGAGCGAUGUCCACAGGCUUGUUCGGUCUUGGGCAAGCGCCAUCUGCGCCGAAGGGCUAUCACAGUUCUACCAGCACCAACAUCACCGUCUCCAUGCUGCCGACGUCCACUGCCACCGAGAAACGGUCCGUCAGCCAUGUGGAAAAUCUGGUGACCGAGUGUGGAAUAACGGCUGCGGAACUAGCCAAGUACAACCCCGAUGACUCGCUCUGUUCGUCUUUGGCCGUUGGACAACCCAUCUGCUGCUCGGGGGGCUCCUUACCCGACCUGACGCCGCAACCUAAUGACAAUGGCACAUGUUACAGCUAUACCGUCCAGGACGGUGAUUAUUGUGCUCUGCUAGCUGAAGAGUACUAUAUCACCACGGAUGAAAUUGAAGAGUACAAUGCUCAGACUUGGGGCUGGAUGGGCUGCAGCAAUCUGCAACUGGAUGCAGUUAUCUGUCUCAGCUCUGGAGAACCCCCCAUGCCAGCUGUUCUCCCCAACGCCGUUUGUGGCCCUCAAGUAGAAGGCUCAACUCGUCCGAGCGAUUGGUCAGACAUCAGCAGUCUGAAUCCAUGUCCUCUGAAUGCAUGCUGCGAUAUCUGGGGACAAUGUGGUAUUACCCCGGAAUUCUGCACUGUGUCCGAGUCGACCACUGGUGCUCCUGGUAUUGCUGCCGAAGGAGAGUACGGUUGUAUCUCCAAUUGCGGAACGUCAAUCACGAACAAUGAUGCUGCCCCGUCCGAAUUCCUGAAUGUCGGAUAUUUUGAGGCAUUUGGCGUGGACCGCUCCUGUCUCGUAAUGAAUGCCAGUCAGCUUCCCUCAUCCUACUCGCAUGUGCAUUUUGCGUUUGGACAAAUUUCCAGCGACUUCGACGUGGAUCUUUCUGGCAGCUGA